AUGAGAAAAAGGACUGGCAGGCGAUCAACCAGAAACCCCAUCAGGGGCCCGCACUCGGCUCUGACAGACUUCCUGGCUUCAAAUAAUAUUUCAGCUGCACAAAUCCGUGACGACUACGAACAACGGCUGCAGGCAGCCCAGCAACAGGCCGAACAAGAGGCUGCUCAGCAGGAAGAGGCCGAAGAUGCAGUCGAGGACAGCGAGUACCAACCAGAUUCCCCCGAAGAGCAGACAAAGAAGCGGAAACGACAACAGGCAAUUGAAAGGACCAAGAAGAGCAAGGAGUUCGCUCGUCGCAAGGCCCGGCGUGCUGGCGAGCCUGAUGAUGAUGAUGACGACGACGCGCUGGCAAAUGAGAUGAUGGAUGAGAAGCAGCGGCCGAAGACUCCAGGUCAGCUGGCCAAUUGUAAGAUCUGCGAAAAGCGCUUUACGGUCACUCCCUACAGUAAGACAGGGCCCGGAGGAGGCCUGCUCUGUGCCGACUGCUCUAAGAAGCAAAAAGCUCCGGGCAAGAAGGCACCGGCAAAAAAGCGCAGCUCAGGGAUUGGGCGCCGUCAAAAUCAGAAAACUUUGCUGGAUGGAGAUGUCUCUAAUGGGGCUCCGAGUCUGCUGGAGACAUGCAUCAAAAAAGUUGGCGAUAACAUUGACAAUAUCGAAGAAUUUGGCGAUUUGCCUCCGCAGCUGAUGCAUCGCCUCAGCCAAAUUCUGUCCCGCAAUCGAGCGGUAAACUCGAGGACUCUGGAGCUCUUCCUACGGCCUCAGUACAGAUCCAUCGAUCUCUAUGACUGUGCAAAACUCGACACCGACGCGUUUCACAAAAUCCUCGCCUCUAUGCCCGGAUUGACUCGGUUGAAUCUCCGCUUUGUCACCCCGUUCAAGGACGCCGUUUUUGAAUAUAUGCUCGACCGCGAUCUGAAAAUUCGGGAUCUGCAGUUGGAUUCACCGAACCUGGUCUCCAACGGUUGCUGGCGCCAGCUUUUCAUCAAGCUCGGUCCUCAGCUCCAGACUCUGAAGCUCUGGAACCUCGAUUGGGCCUUUGACGACGAAACCGCGAAAGUCAUGAGCAACAACUGCACUGGUCUUCGGCGGCUGAAGUUGAAGCAUCUCUGGAAUAUCGGCGAUGCCGCGCUCACAUCAAUCUCGUCGCUGAAAUCCCUUGAGCAUCUCUCACUCAGCCUCAAACAAGAAACCACCAACGAGCCGCUUCUCCAGAUGGUCUCUCAAUUGGGCCCGAAUUUGCGGACCCUGUCUCUGGAGGAGUUUCAACAAGCCGAUGAUCAGCUACUUCAAAGCAUCCAUGAUCAUUGCCACCAUUUGUCCAAAUUGCGACUCACCAGCAAUGCAAUCAUUACCGACAAGGGCCUGGCUGAUCUCUUCCGGGACUGGAAAAACCCGCCUCUGACAUUUGUGGAUUUCCACAUGCUCCGAGAUCUUGAUACGGGCAACCCCGCUGGUCCUCCGGAACCGAUUGGUCUCGCAUCAGAUGGAUUCAAGGCUCUUAUGGAACACUCGGGGUCUCAGCUCGAGACCUUGAACAUUGCUUCAUGCCGUCACAUCACACACGCCGCGUUCGAAGAGGUGUUUAGUGAGACGAAGAGAUACCCGGCACUCAAAUCUUUGGAUAUCUCGUUCCAAGGGGCCAUGGAUGACUAUGUGGCGCAGUGCAUUGUCCGAUGCUGCCCGGCCCUUACGAAGCUGGUUGUCUUCGGGUGCUUCGGCAUUCGAGAUCUUCAUAUUCACCGGGGAGUUGCACUCAUUGGCCUUGUGACCGCAAAAGUCACGGUCGAUUAG